CUCCUCUCUGGCAACGUGUCCAAAUCCUAACAAACUUCCUAAAAAUAUGGUGGCUGCGUGUAGUAUAUAAUGAGCCGGCAGAAGCGCAGCAGGGCAAAGGCUUCGUUUACCGCUCUCGCGCGCCGCCGGCCGCAGGGAGCAAGGAAGAUCGAUCUGGCCGUCGUCGUCGCCGCCUCCGCCCCGGCCGCAGAGAGCUUCGCAGGUUGUGCUGCUUGAAGGCGAGACGAGAUCAUGUCGGUGGAAGCCGCCGAGGGCGCGGAGACGAUGGCGCGCCGCGACUCGCUCUACAGGGACGCGGAGAAGGUCUCCGGCGACAGGCGCCACGGCUCCGGGGUAAGCUGGAGGCAGACGGUGCUGCUGGCGUUCCAGAGCAUCGGCGUGGUGUACGGCGACCUCGGGACGUCGCCGCUCUACACCUACUCGGGCACCUUCCCGAACGGCAUCCGGCACCCGGACGACCUCCUCGGCGUCCUCUCCCUCAUCCUCUACACCCUCAUCCUCCUGCCCCUGCUCAAGUACGUCUUCAUCGUCCUCUAUGCCAACGACAACGGCGACGGGGGCACGUUCGCGCUCUAUUCGCUCAUCUCGCGGUACGCCAAGACCAGGAUGAUCCCCAACCAACAGGCCGAGGACGCGUCCGUGUCCAACUACAGCAUCCAGGAGCCCAGCUCGCAGACCAGGAGGGCGCAGUGGGUGAAGCAGAGGCUCGACUCCAGCAAGGCCGCCAAGAUCGCCCUCUUCACAAUUACCAUCCUCGGCACCUCCAUGGUCAUGGGCGACGGCACCCUCACACCGGCAAUCUCUGUGCUCUCUGCGGUGAGCGGGAUCAGGGAGAAGGCGCCCGACUUGACCCAAUCGCAAGUGGUGUGGAUCUCAGUUGCCAUCCUCUUCCUGCUCUUCUCGGUGCAGCGCUUCGGCACGGACAAGGUUGGCUACUCCUUCGCGCCCAUCAUCUCGGUGUGGUUCGUCCUCAUCGCCAGCAUCGGGGUGUACAACCUCGCCGCCCACGACGCCACCGUGCUCAGGGCCCUCAACCCCAUGUACAUUGUGGACUACUUCCGAAGGAACGGCAAGGAGGCGUGGCUCUCUCUCGGGGGCGUCGUCCUCUGCACCACAGGCACGGAGGCCAUGUUUGCUGACCUUGGUCAUUUCAACAUCAGGGCCAUUCAGCUGAGCUUCAGCUUCAUCAUCUUCCCCUCCGUGGCGCUGUGCUACAUGGGUCAGGCAUCCUACCUACACAAAUUCCCACAAGACGUCGCCGACACAUUCUACAAAUCUAUCCCAGCGGCGAUGUUCUGGCCGACGUUCAUCGUGGCCAUCUUGGCGGCCAUCAUCGCCAGCCAGGCCAUGCUGUCCGGCGCGUUCGCCAUCCUGUCCAAAGCCCUCUCCCUCGGCUGCUUCCCGAGGGUGGAGGUGGUGCACACCUCCAAGAAGUACGCCGGGCAGGUGUACAUCCCGGAGGUGAACUUCCUCAUCGGCGCCGCCAGCAUCAUCGUCACGCUCGCCUUCCAGACCACCACCAACAUCGGCAACGCCUACGGGAUAUGCGUCGUGAUGGUCUUCUCCAUCACGACCCACCUCAUGACGGUGGUGAUGCUGCUUGUGUGGAAGAAGAACAUCGCUUUCAUCGCCGCCUUCUACGUCAUCUUCGGGGCCACCGAGCUGCUCUACCUGUCCUCCAUCCUCUCCAAGUUCGCCGAGGGAGGGUACCUGCCCUUCUGCUUCUCGCUGGUGCUCAUGGCGCUCAUGGCCACCUGGCACUACGUCCACGUCAGCCGCUACUGGUACGAGCUCGACCACGUCGUGCCGGCGACCGAGCUCACAGCGCUCUUGGGUCACCCCGACGUGCGGCGGGUGCCCGGCGUGGGCUUGCUCUACUCGGAGCUCGUCCAGGGCAUCCCUCCUGUGUUCCCACGCCUCGUCGACAAGAUGCCGUCGGUGCACACCGUCUUCGUCUUCAUGUCCAUCAAGAACCUCCCCAUCCCGCGGGUGGCCGCCCCCGAGCGCUUCAUCUUCCGAAGGGUCGGCCUCGCCGAGCACCGCAUGUUCCGCUGCGUGGCGCGCUACGGCUACACCGACCAGAUCGAGGGCGCCAAGGAUUUCUCCGCUUCUCUCCUUGACGGCCUCAAGCUGUUCAUCUAUGAGGAGGCCGCCUUCUCCUGCCAGCAAACCGACGACGACGGCGGCUGCGCCCUGCGGGCAGCGAAGGCGGCCGCGGAGGAGGAGCAGCGGUUCAUCGACGCAGAGUUGGAACGCGGCGUGGUGUACCUGACGGGCGAGGCGGACGUGGUGGCUGCGCCGGGGUCAUCGGUGAUGAAGAGGAUCGUGGUGAACUACGUGUACACCUUCCUGAGGAGGAACCUCAGCGAGAGCCACAAAGCGCUCGCCAUUCCCAAGGACCAGCUGCUCAAGGUCGGGAUAACCUAUGAGAUAUAGAUCGAUGUUUCUUCUGCAGAACAUGUUUGGUGAUAACAUAGUUUUAGCAAAUGGAUUAGUAGUGUAAACCUCUGAAUUUUACAUUGCCCAGAUGAUCUGUACACAAUAUGAGAGUAAUGCUACAUCUACAAAAGGUUACUUGAACCUAAGUAACCUUUUGUAGAUGUAUCAUUACUCAUGCUGUACAACACUUGGGGAAAAAUCUUAUAGAUUGCCUACAUGCUGAUGUGGCAUGAGCUAAUUAGGAAUCACUCACCAUGGUAAUACUAGGCUAGUAAUAAUGGGGAGUAAUUUAGAGUAGUAACAUGCACAUAUUACUAGUCUAUAUUACUACCUUCAUAGUGGGUAGUAAUUUUGUAGACUCAUUUGCAUUGAGAAACACUAUCUGAUGGUAACAUAUUAUGUUACUC